UACCCGACGCCGACUUAUAGAGGUAGCCACUCGGCACUGCUGCUGAGCCUCAAGGGUCUUCAUUCCCGGAGGGGGCCCAAGAAGCAAACGUCUCCCAGUCAUUCAAAGCCUUACCAAGUUCACACCUGUAGUUACACACUCACACACAACAUGCGCGCGCCCUGGCUUGGAUCUUGACACUGAGAAGAAGAAGAAGACGAGACAGAAAGGAAGAAAAGAACUAUAACUCAUUACAUCUUCAACACUCACCUCACUUUCCUUUUGAGUUGUCAUGAGAGGGAAUGUUGAUGCUGGGCCCGUGGUGCCCAAUAUGGUUCACUCUGAAGCCGACUAUGUCAUGGUCCGGAAUGCGGAUGGGACCGAAAGUCCACAGCGCAUCUUCAGAAGACACAAAACUUUGCCCCGACCGGGUACAGCGUCGUCGACUGGUUCGCGAAGCUCAAGUCCCGCUCAGCCUCCGCGGACUACCCAGCUACGGCGGUCAAGAUAUCGACCGGCCGGCCCCGAACCGCCGCCGACGCCGCCUGCCCAUUCACGUACCUCGUCAUCGGCCAAGUCGAUGAAGUCGAUAGACCGGUCAAGUCCAACAAACUCGGGCAGUCCGCUGCAAAGCACCGAUACUGUCCAGCAUGUUCAAUCACGUCUCCCGACCACGCCACCGAACCAACGUACUCCGCCAACUCCGAACUUGACUCCUGAAAGAAUUCCUCCGCCCGCUCCAGAACCACCCGUACGUCCUGCCAGGCCCCAGCUGCAGAUCCAAACUCAGGCCCAGUCCCAGUCCCAGUCUCAGUUCUCGGCCCAGUCCCGGCCCCGACCACGGCUCGUUGUCGACGAUCGGAUGCCGUCCAAUGCGACGACAAUAUACUCAAGAUCGGAAUCUUUCAGGACAGCGCCUGAAGCCCCUAUCACUCCAGAGGAUGAGGAUGACGGAAAAUCAAAGAUAUCGUCGAGAAGAACGUCGAAAAGUACGAUUCGUCAGGCUAACAGAGGAGCAAAGUUGCAACCGCAAACUGUAGGUUUGGGUAUUGAUAUCGGGGUGAAUUCGAGCGUCGGAGAUGGAUUAACGCCAGCAGCAGAGAGGCAAGUUCAGCUUGGGCGAGACGCGUACGACGGCGGGUGGGGCGGCCAGGGAACGCAGGGAGGGAACUUGAAUUCUGAUGAAGAGGUGGAAGAGGAAUGGGAUGAAAACUUGGAAAGGAAUGUGAUUGUCAGCAGGCGACGUGCGGCACCCAGAUCGAACAUGACCAAGGACCGCAACUCGGUCUUUAUGGAACCGCCAACCACAGUUACACCAACAACAAAGGUGGCAACGAGAGUGCUGCCACUACGCGCCAUGAACCUCGAGGAACAGCAACGGGCCCUUCCUCGCUCGGAGCCAUCGACGAGCGGGGACACGCGGCGCUUUUCCACGACUUCCAACCAGUCCGGCACCUCCACAAUCAUGGGCACAAUAGUCGUCGGUGAUGAUACGGGUUCUCAGCGACGCAACACACUUCGACACGCACGCAAACCCACUCUGUCUUUGCGAGACUCUGUUUCCGAUCUUGCACCAUCAACCACUUCUUUUGCUCCGGCUCCGGCUCCGGCUCCCGUUCUGGCUCCGGCACCACAGGUAUUCCAACGACGACCACCGUUCGAACCAAAGUCGGGCGCCGCUCCCCGCGAAAGCUAUUUUUCAACCACUUCAAUCUCCAGCCGCAAAGCCCGAAGAGAUGUUUGGAAAACUGGGUCGAUACCAGUGGUGAUCGUUCCAGAGCGUCGAACUUCCCUCAAGUCUAACGGAAGACCCCCUUCUCUUCGUUCGAUGAGCAGUCGGAGAUCUAGGCGGAGCCAGAGUCUGAGUUCCGUUGGACGAUCACAGGCGUCCGCCAGCAACUUCACGAUAGACAUAUAUAUGGACGAGCCACGGCGCAGUAGGACCAUUUCCGAGUCUGAUAGGUCUCGAGCCGGUGGUCCGCGGACUGCCGACUUUCCGCCGUAUAUCCCUAGACGGUCAUCAUCUCUUUCCGCUCCUGCCAGUCGUAACGUGUCGAGGACCGGUUCCCUUACGGCUGAAAGCCUCCGAGCUCAUGACGCGCUUUUCGAACAACAGAAGGCUUCGCAGACGGUUGAACGGGCAGUGGAGAAACUACAGAGGGAAAAGCGACGAUCGCCUCCAAAGCCGGUAAAUACCUCCAGACACUACCGCAAGACGAUUGACGGAAACGAUUUGGAACCAGAGCGACGCCAAUCUGGAACCAUCAAUAUCAAGUUCUCGCCUUCGAUCCAGUCGAGCAACUUUGACAACAGUGACCCGCGAACGCCGCGUAGCUUUCCUGCUGAUCACAAUGAUGAUGGGGGUCCUCGUCACAGUUACGAAUACAACAAGAGAAAUUCUGUCCAACACACGCCUUUCUCGCAAGCCUCCGUAGAGACGGGCACCUCACAUGCCGAAGUGUCAGAGGCAAGAGCGAUACCCAUCUACCCACAUCAGAACAAGUCUGUGAUGAUUGUAAACCACUCCAACAAGCCAUCCGAGGCCUCUUCAUCGGAUCGUCAGAGGUCUCCUCCAACAGCCACCCCCGCCAUUGCCGCCACCGACGCCGAAGGAAAUCCCAUAACACCACCAACGCAGGGCCUCUCGAGGGAAGAUGAUAACUUCUCCCCCUUGAGAAAUCCGAGAGCACCCCCCAAACCGCCACCGGCCAUCAACUUUAUCCCGGCAACGCCUUCGGGUUUGACGCCUACUACGGAAAAGGAGAAGGAGCUUGGUGGUUUCUACGAUGACAUGGCCGAGCCGGAGGAACCCAAGCCCGAAAGCGGAUUUGCCAUGCUCCGCCGGAAGCUAAGCCGUCGCCGAACCUCCGAGACAACUGGAUCUCGACCGGGUUUCCUUACUCGCACAUUUUCAUUGUCAAAGUACACUAAAAACUACGAGUCGGAUGGUGGCAGCAGCGGUAGGUUGAAGAGACCCCACCUGAAGAGGUCUUUCACAGCCGAUGACGCCCCCGUCGAGCCAGACAAGCUGCAUCCCGACUGGCGGCCAUCCUACCAGUCUGAUUUCUCCGACAGCGGAAGUGAAGACGAGGAGCACUGGGACUACCCGCCCAUCGACAACCGUCCCCAACGCCCCGGUCAUCUGCUACCCAAGCGGAGCUUAAGCCAGCGGAUGAAGAAAGCAUUCGCCAUCAUGCCUUUGCGCAACGGCUCAAAGUACGACGCUACAUACUUAACAGACAGCGGCGACGUGCCCGACCGGGACAAGAGGACCAUCCGACGCACGCCGAGCGGCAAUCUGCGGGUCAUGAAGAUCCGGCAAAGCCUGGAAUUCAUGGCACAGUCCAUGGCACGGCCAUCCAUAUCAUCGGAAAGACCUACCAGACCGUCCAUAUCAUCACCAUCAGAGACACCACCCCGACCAUCCACCUCUACCGAGGCGCCUCCUCGGCCGUCCAUUUCGCCUGACUCAAGCUCGACCCGGCCCUCCAUGUCCUCCGAAAACCCGCGCUUCUACCCGCCCCGCGUCCGAAGAAACUACGGUGCACUCUUCCAGCGCCAACGACCACCUCCUUCUCCCGCUGCUGUCUCGUCAGCAGCGCCACCCCUAACUCCCUCGUCCGUGUCCACCUUUGCGACCGGCCACUCUGUAUCCCCACCCAUUACUACUACCGCCGCGCCUGUACCGCCGCCCAUGAAGAGACGCGGCAGUCUCAGCGAGAAGAUCCUACCCGUUCUUAACGAAAAGGUCAAUAUUGUGCGGAGGAUGAGCGAGAAGCGGAAGGAGAAGAAGAGGGAUGAGAUGCGGAAGACGAUUAGUCACCCGCGAGUGGUCAGGGAUGGGCUGGGGGAAGUGAUUAAGCAUGAUACCGGGAGGGAGAUCUUUGCAAUGAGUCAGGGUCAGACUCAGCCGCAGCAGGGACAGAGGCAGUCGCCGCCUGCUGUGAGGGGGUCGCCGCCUAGUAGGCUAGGGAGGGGUUCGCCUAUCUGAUUUUGUUGAAGACCUUGGAAAUGAUGGGCAAGAGAAUGAAACACAAUUGCACGAAGCCAACAAACACCAGAGCAAAAAAAACAAAAACCAACGCCACGAAAAGGAAGACAAGAGGGCAUGGAAUGAA